CAGUGAUGGGAAUGGGCGCGAAUUUCUCAUCGACCUACUCGAGGACGCGCUCUUCUACCCCCUACGGUCGGAGUUUUCCAACUGUUUUCCAGAACGCUGGCAGACGUUUGUAAAGGAUCCAUCGGUAUCUCCGGUUGUAUGGAUAAAAGUAGCCCUGAUGAUGCAGAUAACCGUGAGGAUUCAGGUGACUCCGCCGACACAGACGAUGAUAUCCCUGACUUUGAGGUGAACGGUUAACCCAAUGUGGUGGGUUCUUAUUGGGAAUCCCAUUUGAUCAUGCAGGCGGAGGUCGCCGUGUUAGACCCCACCUAUAGCGGAUGGAAUAGGCCGCCCAUCGGCUAUGUCUGGGAUGUCUACGAAUCUGAAACUGAGGAAGAUGAGGACGCCCAUGAAGACGAUCCAACGACUCGAGAGGGGUUCUGGGACCCAAGCCAAGAUGAUAUAACCUUCCCGUCAGAUUAUGAGGACGACAUGAAGGGCAUCGAUGGAGAUCUUGACGACGAAGCAGGUACUGAAAACGACGCGGAGAAUUCUGUGGGGGAAUAUGAAAUGGACGAAAGCGACGAGACCAUAAAUGGCACUGUUAUUGUACGACACGAAGAUGACAUUGCGGGGAGCGACUUUGAUUCGGACAAAGAGCUAAGCGGGGGACGAAUUCGUUUACGGGCAGAACGGUAUGAGAUACCAAUCGGAUGUGUGUCAAAUAAUUUCAAAUUUUACUCGUGUCUUUCUUCUGAUUCUUCUGACGAGCAUUUUAUUCCACAGAAUGAUAGGAUUCUUGCGGGGGAGCAGUGCGGGGUAAGUGAUGGUCUCUGACGGUUCAUGCUGCUGUUUCCUCGUGAAAAACGCCACCAACGAUACCCCCAUGCUUUUGGUUAAUUAAUGCGCGCCAAG